AGACAGCUGCGUGGACAAAGCGCGACCCAGCAGGAAAGCAGGGAGGACAGAGGAGGCCCCUGGAACUGUCGCCGCACCCUUGGCCACCCACCAUGGCGCUGAGCUCGGAGCAGGCAGAGGAGCAGCGGUUGUACCAGCAGACGCUCCUGCAGGACGGGCUCAAGGAUAUGCUGGACCACGGCAAGUUCCUGGAUUGUGUAGUGCGGGUGGGCGAGCGCGAGUUCCCGUGCCACCGCCUGGUGCUGGCCGCCUGUAGUCCCUACUUCCGGGCGCGCUUUCUGGCCGAGCCAGAGCGCGCGGGCGAGCUGCGCCUGGAGGAGGUGUCCCCGGAGGUGGUGGCCCAGGUGCUGCACUACCUGUACACGUCGGAGAUAGCGCUGGACGAGGCGAGCGUGCAAGAUUUGUUCGCCGCGGCGCACCGCUUCCAGAUCCCGUCCAUCUUCACCAUCUGCGUGUCCUUUCUGCAGAAGCGCCUGUGUCUCUCCAACUGCCUGGCGGUCUUCCGCCUCGGACUCCUGCUCGACUGCGCGCGCCUGGCGGUGGCCGCCCGCGACUUCAUCUGCGCGCGCUUCUCGCUGGUGGCGCGCGACGCCGACUUCCUCGGGCUUUCGGCCGACGAGCUCAUCGCCAUCAUCUCCAGCGACGGCCUCAACGUGGAGAAGGAGGAGGCCGUGUUCGAGGCGGUGAUGCGGUGGGCGGGCAGCGGCGACACCCAGGCGCAGGCCGAGCGCCAGCGCGCGCUGCCCACGGUCUUCGAGAGUGUGCGCUGCCGCCUGCUGCCGCGCUCCUUCCUGGAGAGCCGCGUGGAGCGCCACCCUCUCGUGCGGGCCCAGCCGGAGUUGCUGCGCAAGGUGCAGAUGGUGAAGGAUGCACACGAGGGCCGCCUCACCGUGCUGCGCAAGAAGAAGAAGGAGAAGGGGAAGGAGGCCGCUGGGGCCAAGGCGGCUGACAAGGGCGCAGGCGAAGCCAAGGCAGAGGACGCUGAGGAGGAGGCCGAGCGGGUCCUACCCGGCAUCCUCAAUGACACUCUGCGCUUCGGCAUGUUCCUGCAGGACCUCAUCUUCAUGAUCAGCGAGGAGGGCGCCGUGGCCUAUGAUCCGGCGGCCAAUGAGUGCUACUGUGCCUCCCUCUCCACCCAGAUCCCCAAGAACCACGUCAGCCUGGUGACCAAGGAGAACCAGGUCUUCGUGGCCGGGGGCCUCUUCUACAACGAGGACGACAAAGAGGACCCCAUGAGUGCUUAUUUCUUGCAGUUUGACCAUCUGGACUCCGAGUGGCUGGGAAUGCCGCCUCUGCCCUCGCCGCGCUGCCUCUUCGGCCUGGGAGAGGCUCUCAACUCCAUCUACGUGGUCGGCGGCCGGGAACUGAAGGACGGCGAGCGCAGCCUGGACUCGGUCAUGUGCUACGACCGGCUGUCGUUCAAAUGGGGCGAAUCGGACCCGCUGCCUUAUGCCGUGUACGGCCACGCGGUGCUCUCCCAUAUGGACCUCGUCUACGUCAUUGGCGGCAAAGGGAGCGACAGGAAGUGCCUGAAUAAGAUGUGUGUCUAUGACCCUAAGAAGUUCGCGUGGAAGGAGCUGGCGCCCAUGCAGACUGCCCGAUCUCUCUUCGGGGCCACCAUCCAUGACGGCCGCAUUUUUGUGGCUGCCGGGGUCACAGACACAGGGCUGACCAGUUCAGCGGAGGUGUACAGCAUCACAGACAACAAGUGGGCGCCCUUCGAGGCCUUCCCGCAGGAGCGCAGCUCGCUCAGCCUGCUCAGCCUGGCGGGCACCCUCUAUGCCCUUGGUGGCUUCGCCACACUGGAGACUGAGUCUGGGGAGCUGGUCCCCACAGAGCUCAACGACAUCUGGAGAUACAAUGAGGAUGAGAAGAAGUGGGAGGGCGUGCUGCGGGAGAUUGCCUAUGCCACAGGCGCUACCUUCCUACCUGUGCGGCUCAACGUGCUGCGCCUGACCAAGAUGUGACCAGCCCAGAGGGUCUGAACUAAGCAUCCCUCCCAAACCUGUGGCCCGCACAGGCUGCGCCUUCCUGGGGCUCCAGGGAGGAGGCUGGGAGAGGCCAGAGUCCACCUGGAUCUGUCGUGGUGCCCGCAUGGCUGCUUCAGCCAGGGAAGGUAAUAGCUGCCUCGUCCUAGCCUUAGGGGCAGGGACGAAGACCUUUAGGCCUCUCCGGUGUCUCCAUAUCCCCCUGUUCUUGGUCCAUGAGCCGGAACCACAGGGAGAUGUCCCAGGCUGCAUCCUGGCCCAGCCCCCGCCUGGCUGUGUGUACUGGUAAACUUCCCACAGGACUUACUCCUUGCCUGUCAGAUGGAAAGUGUCCCCAUCAAGUGUACCCUGAAGCAUAGAUAAGUCUCCUUCCAUAAGAAGAAUAAAGUGCCUUCUAAGCAAGCAGCUCAGGGUCUGGAAUCGGGAGCCCCAAGAGUCAGUGACUAGCUAGUUUGAAGAGUCAGGGCUUCAGUGUUCAGCUGUCGGGUCACCCAGGAGGUUAGUGUUUUCUGCCCUAAUGUAGGUGUCCCCUCCACACUCUGUGCGCCAAGAGCUUGACCCUCUCCCCGAGGCCCGGAACCCCCAGCUCCUCAUCCAGCACGGACGAGGAGCCAGGAGACUGCUGGGGGAGAGGGCAGGGAGCAGCCGCACUGUGGUAGAAAAAUCUUUUAUUCUCUCGGUCGGGCCCCAUGUGGUCUGGCCUGGGCCGGGGCCCAGGAAGAGCUGAGCAGAGCCCGUCCCUCCUCCCCCUCCCACCUACUCCGGCUUUUCUUUGUCCUGCUCCUGUUCCUCCUCCAGCGCCAGGGUUCGCUCUCGCUCCUUCACCAGCUGGACGCCACAGUAGGUGACAAACAGGAUGGCCAGGGUGGUCUGGGGGAACCCUACAGAGAGGAGGUCAUCGAUGCCUGGGAGCGACACUCACCUUGGCCACUGUUCUCUUCCCCAUGCCUUUCCCCAUCUGACUGGCCCCUCCUGCUGAGUCACUGGGGAAUGGGGUGGGGUGGAGGCAUUUCAGAAGGUCACAGUCCUCAAAGUGAACUCCUGGCACGUUCUGUAUCCUCCCCUCCUCCCCUUCUGUCCCUCACCUGUGAGUAGCAGGCGCCGGGCAACCAGCUCUGUGAACUCAAGGCUGUUCAGGCUUACAAGGUUGUACAUGAUGAUAGCCCAGAAGUUCAUGGCCCCAAAGAUGGCUCGGACCCUGCGAGACAUCUGCUCCGACAGCGAGGCCUGCCCGGGUCAGGAAAGCAUGGGCAGUGCGGCAGAGGUCCAGGGCAAAGAGGACAUGGGUGGUCAGAGGUCCUGGGGGUGUGCCUGUCUCUGAGAGUCCCAGGUCAGCGCUCCCUCAGGGCUAAAGAUGGGAAACUGGAGAGAGGGCAGGGCCCGACCAACACGGGGAAGCCUGGAUGCCCCACACCCCACAGAAGGCAGCGGGGACCAGGUACCCACAGGGUAAGCCAUUGUCCUGGCAACCAGGAGGACGGUGGUGAGAAAGUUCGGGACUGGGGGCUCAGUGCGGCUGGAAGCCUCCACAGAGCAGCAGCGCCACCCCCUCCAGUGACCCAGCCACCUCUGGCCCCAGACCUUCCGUGCUCACCUCAAUUCGUGCCAGGGGCCCCCACUCUGCCAGCUUCUGUACCCAGAGCUCAAAGUUGAGGCCAAAGCAGUUAAGGAUUGACCACAGGUAGACAAUAUCACAAGGCCCGAGCCACAGAGUGGUGAUGGCAAACGUGGCCACUGUGGCCACCAGCUCUGGGAUCACCGCAGAGUGCUCCCCACCGAUAUGGUCAUACACAUACCUGUGGGAAAGGCGGGAGAAGAGAGGGGGCCGUGUGGGAGAAAGCGGGCAGGGGGUGGGCCAAGGACACGUGGCAGGGACAGCCUUCCUCAGUGCUGUCGCUUGGCACAUUCGACAUUCCUGACCUCUGGGGGCUGUUCUUCUUUCCAACUUCAAAAUGUGGAGGGCUCAGCCUAGAACUCUGUACCUUCUCUAGCUAGGUUCAGUCAGUCCCCAGAUGAUCUCAUGCAGACCCAAGGCUGAAAGCUGUCUCUCUGCUGGCGAGCCCCCCAUCUGUGUCUUUAGCCCAGUCUCCUCCCGACUCCUAUAGCCACUUGUCUCCAGACAUCUCACCUGAAUGACUGAUUCCCCCAUCUCUGCCCAAAGCCGCUUCAUCCCCACGUCAGUUAAUGGCACCGCCAUCCGCUCAGUUGUAGGCCGGAAGCCUUAGCGCCAUCUGGGACUCUCGUUUUCCUUCUCCACCCACAUCCGAGCCGGCAAAUCCAAUGGGCUCCACGCAGUCCUGGCCACUCCACCGCCUUCCACGGCCACCACCACCACCCUAGUCCAGGCAACCUUCUCUUCUCACACCGAUUACUGCAAGUCUCCUAAAUUGGCUCCCUGCUUCUGCCCUCGCCCCUGCCAUCUGUUCUCCACGCCGCAGCUAGAGGCAUCCUUUACGAGUGUCACUUCCACGACCAAACCCUCCCCCAGUCGCUUCGCAUUACAGUGCGAAUAAACACAACUUCCUGCUGUGGCUGGAAGACCCCACGUUGUCUGGUGUCUGUCUGCCUCCCUGACCUCGCCGCCCGCCCGCCCGCUCGCUCGCUCGCAUUCACCCUGUUCUGGCCUUACUGGCCUCUGUCUGUCGCACACGCAGAGCUGGUUUCUGCCUCGAGGCCUUUGUGCUUGUUCCCUCUGCCUCCAAUUUCCUUCCCCAGAGUCCCUUAUUGAUCAAGUCUCAGCUCAAAUGUCAUCCCACAGGCCUGUGCAGAUCUCCACUGAAAAAGCUCCUAUCCCGUGGGCAGCUUCCAUCCAAUUACACCGUUUUCUUAUUUUUUUUUUUUCCAUAAUGCUUACCGCUCUCUGAAAUUAUUUAUGUGUUCGUUUACCUGUUUAUGGUCUGUUUCUCCCCACUAGACUGUAAGCUCCAUGAGUUCAGGGUCUUUGCCAUGUUCACGGCUGUAUCCCCAGUGCCUA